UCCAUCGAUGCGGUUUCAUAGGGGAAGGGGUUGGUCAGUUCCAGGUGUAACUGCCUGAAACUGGACGCUACUGUGGAUGGUUAUAGAAAAUAUGCUCCAAGAAGGGUAUCGGGUUUCUUGAGCAUAAAGCAGUGUGAUAUUUCCUCGUGUACCCGUUGUACUUUACUGCCUGCAAGCUUUUUCUUUUUUCUCAAUGUGUACUUCUUUCCGGUACGAAAACUGGUUUCUGUUUGUUUGGGGUUGCUUCCUUGACGUUGCCUCUGUAGGUGAAAAUUUUCCUCGUAGAACACCACGUGUCGUCAAUCACGUGAUGUGGAUCCCAUGACGUCGGUCAGUGCUGCUAUCCCUUAAGACAGGGGAGCUCGUCUAAAAAGACGUUGAGGUUGCUCGGCUGUAUGAUUAAAAUACCCAUCUCAACAUGACUACAACCGCGCUUCAUGACGCGACGGCCCCGUCCAUAUCAUCAGCGAAGCAGGACGAACCAGCUCCAUCGGAACCUGCAUCUGUGUCGGCCACCGCAACAGCACCUCCAUACUCUCCGAUCUACGCCACUGCCCAGGCGCAACCAGGAAGCAUCACAACCAUGCCUGCGCCGACUGCACCAACAAUGUCUGGCAUUGACGGACCUCCUCUACCAUUACCAACAGCGACCGAAACGAUAGCCACCCCUGCCACGAGAGCGAGCGCCUCGCCUCCUCCCCCACAGCCUGGUGCUCGUCCCGAUCCUGGAAUACCAGCGCCGACGGCUCCUCCAGCUCUGGCUGCCUCAUCAGCUCCUGCUCCUGCUCCAGCUCCUGCUCCUGGUCCUGGUCCUGGCCCUGCUCCCCAGGCUCAACCUCAACCUCAGUCUCAACCAACACCUACCGCUACAGCCACAGGCGCAACUACAACUGGGGCUCCAGCGAACCCCAUGCCUAGCUACGGCUACGGCUACGGCUACAACCCCACAGCGGGAGGGUACAGCUCCGGAUUCACACACCCAUCCCAAGACCAACAAUUCCAUCCACGAGCACACCCUCACGCACAACCACACCCAAACUCAACGACUACACCCUACGCCUCGCUCUACCAACCUCCCGCCACCUCGUCACGACUACCCCUCUACCAGAACCAGGGCCAUGGCAUGGACGAGUUUGACUCCGCCCAAGAAGACGACGGGUUCCUGGCGAGUGCAAAGUCGUGGAUAGCGAGUGCGGGGACGAAGCUGGCGGAGGCGGAGGCUGAGGUGUGGAGGAGGAUUAAUGAGGCUCAUGAUAAGUAGCUGUGCUGCUGCUGUAUCUAGUCCAUAUUUGUCUUUACCUAUUGAUUGUGUUGGGUUGGUUGUUCCUAUUUCUGUAUCUGGUUUACGGCAAGUAUCGUACAAUCUGGGAUGGUGUAAGGGAUGAGCUGGUCUAGGGCUGGGUGGCGUUUAUUCGUUAUACCUUGAUAUGUUACUGGGAUCUUAUGGUUGGAUUGGUAUGGAUGGUAGAUGGUUCUCGAAGUUUGUAUAUGCGAUUGUAGUCCUUGGGCUGCGUGAGGACUUGGGUUUACAUCAGGUCAAACAUUUGUAUAAGCCGGUCUUCAGUUGUUUUCGGGUCAUAUUGACGAAUUGAGUGGACAAGAAAAGCAGAAUAUAUUCGACGGAAAGGUACGGUGGGCUACAGAGGACUACAGAUAGACUAUGAUCG